CAUAAGCUGAAUAGAAAAGCGGAAUCGAAAGAAUGCAGGACAGUGGCAUUAAAAUUGAUUAAAUCAUUUAAAUGCUAAAUAAUAAAUUUUUGUAAGAAAUCAAGCAGGCAGGAUGGCAGAUGAUCGUGAAAUAUUGAGAGAGAUUUGGGAAGGCCGUAUUCCGGUUACCUUUGUUUUAGCCGAGGAUGAAUCAUCAACAGAAAAUCCGGAACCUUGUGUGCUCAUGGUGUCGAGACUGACAUAUAUCACACUCAUAGCUGAGAAAAUUGAGAAGCAUUUCAAGAAGUUUACGGCAAUUGAUGAACAGGACGAAGUCUGGUUUGAGUCAAACGGACAGGCACUCAAAUGGCAUUAUCCAGUUGGAGUACUGUUUGAUCUGCACAUGCACGACAAGCCUUUGCCAUGGAGAAUUACAGUCCAUUUUAAGAAUUUCCCGGAAGAUGAAAUACUCCAUUGUAAGAGCAAAGAGGUGAUAGAAGCCCUGUAUAUGUCUAGUGUCAAGGAAGCAGAUGUCCUAAAACACAGAGGGCAAGUAAUGAACAAUCUGCAGCAAAAAGAUCACAAACAACUUUGGACCGGGCUACAGAGUGACAAAUUUGAUCAGUUUUGGACGACGAACAGACGAUUGAUGGAGAGACUGAACAACGAUCCAUUCAAAUACAUUCCGUUUAGAAUAUAUCAGAGUGACAAGCUGCAUGUUCAGAGAUUAUUCAAACCGGUCAAUGACGAAGGGGAACCCAGGACGUUGCGUGCUCUACUCAAAGAAACCAUGCCAAACAUCUUUGCAGAUCCAGAUAGCAAAGACCACAAGGUAUUGAUCCAUGGUAUCGAGACUCCACGGGAUACCCCUGUUCAAUGGCUUAGUGAACACCUCAGCUACCCAGAUAACUUCCUUCACAUGUGCAUCUUACCUGCGCAACCAAGCAAUGAACUUUGAUGCUGCGUUCAUACCGGCAAGCUGAGUGGUUUGGAGACUCACAGAGAUUUCUGCUGACAUUGAACGCUGCUGGUUUACACUGGCAAUCUGAGUAGAAGGGAGAGUAACAGAGAUAAGCUGAGAGGUCUGGAAACUCAGAGAUUACUUUGGACAUUGUUGCGUUCACACUUUCAGGCUGUAUUGGAGAUAGAGACUCAAAGAGACAGCCAUAGACACAUUCUUUUUGUGUCAUUCUCACAUGUGUAUGUGCACUCCUCUCACAACUCAACACAGACUCAUGAUGCUUCUUUUACAUUCACACACUUAACACAUAAAAUAUGGAAUGCACCAGUAUAGGAGCUCAUGGAACAGAUACUUAUGAUGCUAUGGCCUAUAUCUAGUUUAACUUGAUUGACAAAGACUUAAUGAUUCUAAGUUCAUAUUUCACAGGCCAUACAGGUCAAGUCUUGACCGCACCUAGUUUAGCUUGUUCAACAGACUCCUGAUGCUCAGGACUUCACCCACUUUAACUUGUUUAGCAAAGACUCAGAUGCUACCUUCACUUUCACAGACUUAUCUACUUUGUUAAUGUUGACAAGGUUUGUUUGUUAAACUUGACACAGAUGUCAGAUUGUAUGAUAGGAAGGCAGUGGUAUACUGAAGGGGGAGCAUGUUCUGCCAAAAGUUUCAAAACCAAGAGAAAAUAAAGAAGAAAAGGAAAUUGUGAAAUG